GCUUAAGCGACAUAAGUUUCAACAGUUAUAGUCAUAACAUUGUUUUAUCCUGAAUUACAGAAGAAUCUAUAACGAUCUUGUGUUCAUCUGCUAAAAUGUGGAAAAUACUUUUUUCAUUAGUUAGUCUCUCCAAUUCCCUCCCUCAUACGACAUUAUGAACCUUUGGAUGCAGGUGGCAUGUGUAUAAAAGGAGGUGAUCAAGAACUUUGUGGGCACCAAAGCUUGGCUUUCCAUUAUCUGUUUAUCUUCCUCACCACCCACUCCUUUUUCAAGAUCCAGGAACUGAUCUAGAGACUGAACAAACUGGGGAAAGGAUGAUGGCAGGGCCAACUUAUCCAAUACAUCUGAAGUUUACUGAUGUUGGAUACAAAGUACUUCUGAAAAGAAUAGCCAGUAGCACUGAGAAAGAUAUUCUCCAAGGAAUUACAGGUUCAGCUAGGCCUGGAGAACUCUUGGCCGUAAUGGGGCCUUCAGGCAGUGGGAAAACUACUCUUCUCAGCCUCCUUGCUGGAAGAACUACUGCUAAUAUCGUUCAAGGAUCUAUCACAUAUAAUGAUGAACCAUAUUCCAAGUCCCUAAAGGGCAGGAUUGGGUUCGUCACCCAGGAUGAUGUUCUAUUUGCACAUCUCACCGUGAGAGAAACAUUAACUUAUGCCGCUUUGCUUAGACUUCCGAGGACAAUGAGUAGACAGCAGAAGGAAGAAAGGGCCGUGAAUGUUAUCACUGAGCUGGGGCUUCAGAGGUGCCAAGAUACCAUCGUUGGUGGAUCCUUCAUUAGAGGAGUUUCAGGUGGCGAGAGGAAAAGAGUUUGCAUUGGGAAUGAGAUCCUUGUUAAUCCAUCCUUGCUGUUCCUGGAUGAACCGACAUCUGGUCUUGAUUCAACAACAGCCCUUAGAGUUGUUCAAGUAUUGACUGAGAUAGCUGAGUCUGGCAAAACCGUCGUGACGACAAUUCAUCAACCAUCCAGUAGACUCUUUCACAGAUUUGACAAGCUGAUUCUGCUUGGAAAGGGUAGUUUGUUCUACUUUGGGAGGGCAUCAAAAGCCAUGCCCUACUUCUCAUCGACUGGAUUCUCUCCUCUGAUAGCGAUGAACCCAGCAGAGUUUUUAGUAGAUCUUGCAAAUGGCAACACCAAUGAUGUCACAGUGCCAACAGGAUUGGAGGACAAACUGCAAUCUAAAGAAUCAGGAAGGCACACAACAAGAGGCAAGCUAUCUGCAGAAGAUGUGCAUGAGUAUCUGGUGGCCGCUUAUGAGACAAAAUUUGCCGAGAAGAAGAAGAAGAAGAUUCUGACUCCGCUUCCGACAAACAGAGACUUGAAGGCCACAGUUUGUUCUCUGAAAAGAGAUUGGGGAGGAAACUGGUGGCAGCAGUACUCCAUUCUCUUCUGGAGAGGUUUGAAAGAAAGAGGACAUGAUUAUUGGAGUUGGAUGAGGAUCACUCAAGUUCUUGCCAUUGCAGUGAUUCUCGGAUUACUCUGGUGGCAGUCAAAUACUACAACCCUAAGAGACUUAGAAGAUCAGGCAGGCUUGCUGUUCUUCAUCUCUGUCUUCUGGAGCUUCUUCCCUGUAUUCACAGCAAUCUUCACAUUCCCGCAAGAAAGAGAAAUGUUGAACAAAGAAAGAGCAGUUGACAUGUACAGGCUAAGCGCAUACUUCUUAGCGAGGACGACAAGCGAUCUUCCGCUCGACCUCUUCCUGCCUGUAAUAUUUAUUCUAAUCGUCUAUUUCAUGGCAGGGCUAAGACUCAGUGUUGCUCACUUCUUUCUCAGCAUGCUCGUGGUGCUUCUCACCGUCAUUGCUGCUCAGGGGCUAGGGUUGGCUAUUGGUGCUUCAAUAAUGAACAUCAAGAAAGCAACUACUCUAGCUUCAGUGACAGUGAUGACCUUUAUGCUGGCUGGGGGAUUCUUCGUAAAGAGAGUUCCUGCAUUUAUUUCAUGGCUCCGUUUCCUGUCGUUUAACUAUCACUCUUACAGACUACUGCUAAAGGUUCAGUAUGAUCAUCUUCCUCCCUCCUUAGAUGUUCCUGAACUUGGCGAUGGCCUUAAGGAAGUCGCAGUUAUGAUCGCCAUGGCGUUUGGUUAUAGGUUCUUGGCAUAUAUUUCAUUGAGAAGAACGACGAUGCCCAAGUGAAAUAGAUAGGAGUAAAUCGAUCAAGAGAAGUUUAAUGAGCUUUUUCUUCCUUUGUUUUGUUUUGUUUUGUUUUGCCGGAGCAUUUUACACGUGAAAAUCAGUUUGAGAUUGGUAGGAUUAUCUUAUGCAGCAAGCAAAGUUGUAUAUGGCUUGUUUAGUAUUACAAGUAGCCAAGUAUUAUAUAAAAAAAAAAUCUAUAAUCUAGCUUUAAUGAUUA